GGAGAGGAGGAGAGGAGGCUUUGUCUGCCAGGGCUGGUCCCAGUGGGAUGGGAAUUUCCUGUAAUCGGUAAACGCGCGAGCUCUAAUCUGACUCAUGAGCCGGCUCUGCUUGACCGAGCCUGAGACACAAACAAACUUUAGAGGAGAAAGAAAAGUUGUCUCUUCCGUCCAGCAGCUGCGCUGAGACUCUCGCUUGGUUAUAAAUGUCCUAGAAAGUUUAGCCUGCGCCGUGCGCUCCGCACGACAGGGUGCGCGUGGGUUUGACAUAGGAUAGAAAGCGCGUGAGUGUCUGUGUGUUUGUCAGAGGGGAGGGCAGGGCAGGGCAUGUGCUCCCGGAGGGACUGGUGGUGAGGUCUCAAACCGGCAGGGGCGCGCGCACAGGCAAAGGAAGUGGCACCCUGUCCUGCCCUCGUCUCAAGUCUCGAGGUGGUGUUUUGCCCGCUGUGGGAGAAAGCUCGUGAGGACUCGUGAAGAACUGAAGACGGUCGCGGGCUCCAUGCCGCUGGGCGUGGCGGUGAGAGCGUGAGCUAGUGUUGAGCGCAGUGCCUGCACCAUGCAGGAGCCACCAGAUGAACAAGCAGUCGACCCCACACAGCAGCAGCCAAUGACUGACAGCGCUCCGCAGCAGCAGCCCACUGUCUCCACCAAUCAGACGAAUGAAGGCCGCCCUCGCUCCCGCCCCCAGUCCCCCGAGCAGCUCUGUGGUUGGCUGGAGAAGAAGGCGGGGCCUCUGAAGCGGUGGAAGACGCGCUGGUUCAGCCAUGACGAGAGGCGGAGCCAGCUGCUGUACUGGCGGACCCCUCAAGAUGCCACGCCCCUUGGACAGGUGCAGCUCACCGACGCCACCUUCAGCUACCCACUAGAACUGCAGGAGGAGCAGGAGCAGGGCACCUUCUACAUACACACACCACAGAGGACAUUCAUACUCAAGGCGGAGAGUCAUGAUCUCAUGAUGUACUGGCUACAGCAGCUACAGCUGAGACGCUGGCAACACAGAAUACAGAGAGGAGACACACACACCACCGUUGAGUUCCUCCCGCAGGUGAAGGUGCCAGUGGAGCUGGUGGGACAGAAGGCAGCCAGCAGAGGGUCGCCAGGGCAACGCAGCCCUCUCAACAUCUCCCUCAAACAUCCCAUAAUAGAGUUCCAAAAUCUGUGCCUCAGGGGUAAAAGUGUUUCCCAGUUGGACCAGGCACCUGUCACUCAUCUAACCCCAGACACGCCCACUCAAGUCACAGCCAAUAAGGAAACUGUUUCUCAAGACACAGCGAAUCAGGAAACAGUUUCUCUAGACACAGCGAAUCAAGUAACAGUUUCUCUAGACACAGCCAUUCUAGAUACAGCCAAUCAAGAAAUGUUGUCACGGGACACACCAAUGGAAGACAUGACAAGUCAAGACAUAGUUUCCCCAGACACACCCACUCAGGACACAGCUAAUCAGAAAACAGCAUCCGAGGACACACAUAGCCAAGUAGCCAAUCAGGAAACAGCACCUGAGAACACACAUAGCCAAGUAGCAAAUCAGAAAACAGCAUCUGAGGACACACCCAUUCCAGAUACAGCCAAUCACGACACACCUUUCUUAGACACGCCCACUUGCCAUCCAGCAAACGAGGAAGUAGAUUCCCCGAACACGCCCACCAUCUAUGAUACAGCCAAUGAAAAAGCAUGCUGUCUGGACACGCCCACACAUGAUUUGGCCAAUGACAAUACACAUGUCAUCAUCAUACCCACUAUUGAGGUAGCCAAUGGGCAGUUAGUUCAGGACACUUCUGAAACCACCACUCAAGAAACUGCAUCUUUAGCUUCAUUGUGUAAUAUCGAUUCAGCCAAUCAGAAAUUAGACUCACAAGACACGCCCUCUGAGGACAUAACCAAUGGAGACGUAGCACUUCAAGACAAAGAUGUAAAUGAAAUAACGAAUCAGGACACACCUUCGCUUCAUACUUCCUGUCAUAAUUCCUCCCUGGACACACCCUCUAUAGAAAUAGUCAACCAGAUCGCUGCUUUGCUGGAUAUGGACAUAUCCUCUAAGGAAAUAGCCAAUCAACAGGCCUCCCUCUUCAAGACCACAAAAGCAACAGCCAAUCAGCGAUCAGGAUUCCACACUCUGCCGGCUCAGACCAGAAUCUCCACUCUGCGGGCCCUGCGUCGUCGUAAGGGCCUCUCAGCCCUCCUCUCCCCAGACCACCCGGGGCCUGACCGCACUGCCAGGCUGGAGAUGCAAGUGGACACACUGCAACAGGAGCUCAGGAAACAGGAGGAGCUGGUGUUGUCCCUGUACAGGGCGUUGGAGCUGUCCCAGCGUGAGAAGCGUGUGUGUGCGGAGUACCUGUCGGUCUCGGGGGAGGAGCAGAAGAUGGAGGUGUUGCGUCACCGUGAGCGACUUGUUGCUAAGCUACAGGGGGAGGUGGCCGAACUACAGCAGCGGCUGAAGGAACGAGACACACAGGUGUGUGAGCUUCAGGAGUCGGUGCAGUUGCUUCUUCAGAAGAACCAGGCGAAACAGGAAGUAGUCCUCAAGCUGUCACAACAGCUGGCAGACACACACACACUCGCAUACGAAACACACACACUCGCAGACGAAACACACACACGCGCAGACGAAACACACACACGAGCAGCAACGCAGGGACAGGAGGAAAAGGAUACACACCUCAAGGAAGAGAUAAGACAUCUAAAGGAUGACCUGGAGGCGUAUCGUACCCAGAACAAGUUCCUGAACUCAGAGAUCCACCACCUAACUGAGCUGUGGAGGCAGAGCUCACAACAGGAGAAGAGCCUCAUGUUUAAGUGUGCCUAUCUAGAAGCCAGCAGCUGCCAGAAGGAGAGUCGCUACCUGGCCCUGCUACAGCAGCUGAGAGAGAGUGUGACCAGCGGAGCACACACACACUCACACUCACACUCACACACACACUCACACUCACACUCACACACACUCCGCAACCUCAUAGACGACGCACUACAAGGAGCCCUCAGCCUCAGCCCCGCCAGGGAGUUUGAUGCGUAUGGCUUUAAGCUGGUGCCUGACUACGAGGCUGCGGACAUGCAGCUGCUGAUGCGUAUGAAUGCGUUGGAGCUCCGCACCCGCACGCUGCUGCAGGAGAAGGGACAGCGCCCCCUGCUGGACCGGUGGGCUCAGCUGCUCUCCAACCCCGCACCCAACCCUGCACACACACUCAGCCCCUCCCCCGAGCUGAAGGCGUUGCUAAGGGGCGGGGUUCCGCAGGAGUUCCGGGCGCGUGUGUGGCGCUGGCUGGUGUUCGUCCGCACGCGUGCAGUAAGGGAGAGCCACCCGGACCGGUACCGCCUCCUCACCCAGCGCAGCCAAUCAGCUCCCACCGCUGCGGCCCACCAGAUCCAACUGGACCUCCACAGGACCCUGACCACCAAUCAGAGGUUCAGCUCGCACUCUAGUCCCGCCCAUGAGCAGCUGCGGCGCGUCCUAUUGGCCUUCUCCUGCCACAACCCUCAAGUGGGAUACUGCCAGGGCCUCAACAGGCUGGCAGCCCUGUCUCUGCUGGUGCUGGAGGAUGAGGAGGAGGCCUUCUGGUGUCUAGUGGCCAUCAUAGAAGCCAUCAUGCCCCCCGACUACUACACCAAAUCACUACUGGGAUACCAGGUUGACCAGUGUGUGUUUGGGGAGCUGUUGUCUGCUAAGGUGAGCCGCGUGAGUGCUCAUCUGGACGCCCAUGGAGUAGAGGUGGCCCACGUCACAGUCUCCUGGUUCCCCUCGCUCUUCAUAGAACUGCUGCCUUCCGAUAUACUGCUGCCACUCUGGGACGCCUUUCUAUACGAGGGCAGCAAGGUCCUGUUCCGCUAUGCGUUGGCGCUUCUUAAGUAUAAAGAGGAGGAGAUCCUGAAGCUGAAGGAUGCCACUGAACUCUUCCAGUACCUAUUCUUCUUUACCAAGACCAUCGCAGACGCCGGGAGGUUGCGUAACAUCGCGUUUGGUGACUUCAACCCCUUGUCCAAGCGUCACCUGCGGGGUCGGAGGGCGUGGCAUCGGGACCGACUGGAGGCGGAGCUACGAGCCCAAGAGGCGGGGCUUCAGGAGCAGAGCUCCCAGCAUGCCAAGCGGCACGACAUAUCGCUGCACGACGUCGCCAGCGACGACGACGACCUCAACUGACAUGAGACAACAGACUCGGACAACUGACACGCAACUGACACUGCGCACACUUUGACAGAUACUCUGAACGAAACACACUGAUGCUGUUUUCAGGCCAACCUGGGGUGCAUUUCUCGAAAACAUAGUUGCUAACUACGUUAAAUACUUUGUUGUUUGCAAUGCAAUUUUCCAUUGACAACUACCCAACUUGCUAACUGGCUAACAACUACGCUUUUGAGAAACACAUCCCAGAAUCCACACCAGUUAUGUUCAGAACUAAAGUGCUUAACUGCGAACUACCCACGUUCAUAGCGGCUUGAAACUUUUUCAGCACUGUGAACGCAUGAACCUGCUGACGUCCAUAUUGCUGUCACGGUUAGCGGAGAGAAACCAAGUAUUUUCCAGUUCGUAUUGCGAACCAGCUUUCCGGUUCACGAAUUCUCACGUCUGUGGUGUGAACAUGACGGCCGGUUCACGAUUAGGUGCGGGAACGGGCACCCGCACAGUUCUCAGUCAGCCUGAAUGCGCCACGAGUGUUUUUAUAUACAGUUCAAUAUGCAGUACAAUAUCCUGAAUAUGAGGCUUAUCCCCAUUAUGAUCAAAUUUGGGAUAAGGUGUUUAUACAGUAUGAGUAUGGUGUUUUAUCCCAGUCUACAUUCUCGGCCAUUAUAUGGCAGGUAUAUGGGAAACUGGUAUUUGGGAUAAGGUGUUUCCAUGCUUUAAUACAGUGUUUCUCAACAGGGGUGCCGGGGCACCCUGGGGUGCCGUGAGCUCCCCUCAGGGGUGCCGCGGAAACGUGGCUGAUAAAUAAAUGAUAUAAUAUAAUACAUAUUUGUCUAAAUUGAUAAGUUAAUGUUAGUCAGUGGAAUCUUUACUCACAAUAAAGUAGGUCGCCCCAGUCAACUGCAACUUCGAACGUAGGUCAUGUGACAUCUCCAAAUGUGUUACUUUUCUAAGCUUGUGUGGUAUCGGAUGCAAUGCCAUGUUACGGCUUGUUGGUUUGGGGUGCCUUGAAAUUUUUCAUGAUUUGAAAGGGUGCCUCGCCUAAAAAAAGUUAGAGAAAUACUGCUUUAAUAUCCCGAUCAUAUUCAGGAUUCUGAACCCACACUCACUGUCUGUUCUCAAAAGACACUGAUACACAUACUGGGUAGACACUCAGUCUGAAUGUAAAACACAGUGUCACAUGCAAUCACACAACUAGCCUGUAUAUUAAAACUUAACAAACCUGAAUGGCAGCCUCAGUCUGCAUGGCACUACACUACACCGUCACAUCAUAUUACAUGAGUAC